UUUCUCGAACAUUUUGUGUAGUUUGCUUUGAAAUUCAUUCCAAAUGACAUUAGAAAUUGUUUCGUGUGAGACACGUCUUGAAAACUGAAAACACACACAAAACAUUCAAUUCAAUGAUGAUCCAAAGCGAAGAUCAGGAAAUCGAUCGAGCCCUCGAACUCUGCCAACUGAUACGCAACGAUCUUCUGAAGUGUGUGGGGAUAGUGCAGCGUUUGGAUCGCAAAUACAAUGAACCGAAUCGCUAUCGAAUUGAUGUGAAACCCUUUCACCUGGAUCCCAUGCUCGGUCGACCUAAUUCGCCCUCGUUAUCGGGUCUCGGUUUGACGCGAUCGUCGAAAGUUUCAGGAUCGUUGCUGAGUCUGGUGAGUUGUGCCGAAGUGAAGCAAGAGGGACGCACCUCAAAUGAGUUGAACGCCAUCUUUGUGGAUCUGAACAGCAAGUGCAUUAAGCUGCGACGUGAAUUGGAGGCCACCACGGCGCAUGCGCAACGUAUUAUGAAUUGCAGCUUGCGACAGGAUCGUGUGCAGCAUCGCAUGCUGAUGGGGCCGCAGUCAUCGAAGACAUUGAUAUGCAGGCAUUGGGGAAACAAUUCGUCAACUACCAAGACUAUGAGUAGUGGCAUUAAACGAUCCUUUCGCAUAAAUGAAUAGAAAUGAUGAAACAACCACAAAAACAACAAUAGCAAGAGCAACAAGCGUAAACGAAACAAACAAAAAAAGUUGAGAAAAAUAAUAUGAAUAUAAACCCUAAAACAAAAGAAGUACAAGUACGAUGAAAGUGAAGCAAUUCUACGGAAUCGUUUUGACAAUUUCGAGUGUUAAUCGACAUUUUGCUGUUUCUAACGUUACUCCCCCUCAUUACGCCCCUCACACACACAAACACACAGUGAACAGGACAAAGUCAAAGUCAAAGGAGCGAAGAAAGAGUAUCGUGGCACUUUUCAGCUUUUAUUAAAAAUUACUGUCACCAUUAAGUGAGCGUCAACUUCGGCCAACUUACCAAAACUCAUUUGACUUGACAUGAAAAUGAGGCAAACUUUUCUCACAUCGCCUGUCGCCCCCGCCGCCGCCCCUCCCUGCCGCCUGUCGCGAGUGACAAGACAACAGCCGAAGCAGACGUCGACGAUACAACAUGAUGUUGCAUGUAACAUCAGCGCAAGUUCUUUUCCACCGUGUUGUUCUCUCCUGGCUAUGAACAAUAAUGAUGCUAAUGAUGAUCAUCAGCGAGCAAAGGACGAAGAAGAAGAAGAAGAAGAACAUCAUAACAA